AUGUCCCCAGCCACCACCUCCCCCCUCGCCGGGAUCAAGGCCCUCGCCUUCGACGUCUUCGGCACCGUCGUCGACUGGCGCACCUCGGUCGUCGACGAGCUCUCCCUCCGCGCCCACCGCAAACUCCUCGACCAGCAUUCCCCACCGCCAGACCUCGCCUUGCGUCUCACCGCCGCCGCCGCCGACGAUACCUGGUCCCGCUUCGCCCAGGCCUGGCGCGACUCAUACUCGGCCUUCACCGCGUCCUUUGACCCCUCGCGCGACGCAUGGAAGUCCAUCGACCGCCACCACCGCGACAGCCUUGUCGCCCUGCUACGCGACUGGGGCUUCGACGGCCUCUACUCGGAUGCCGAGACGGACUCCCUCAGCCUCGUCUGGCAUCGCCUGAGUCCCUGGCCCGACUCUUCUGAUGGUCUGCGCGCCCUCGCGUCUACCGGCAAGCUCGUCACCGCUACCCUAUCCAACGGCAAUCUCGCCCUGCUGCGCGACCUCGACGACUUUGGCUCCCUGGGCUUUGACCGGCUCCUCUCAGCUGAGAUGUUUCGCGCCUACAAGCCCAACCCGGCCACCUACCUGGGCGCUGCAAAGGAGCUUGGCCUCGAGCCCGCACAGGUCGCCAUGGUGGCUGCGCACCUGGGAGACCUGAAAGCGGCCCGGGCCUGUGGUCUGCGAACUAUUUACGUGGAGAGGCCCCAGGAGGAGGCCUGGGACGAGGACGGCGACGAUUACCGGCAGGCUCGGGAAUGGGUCGACUUGUGGAUUUCCGAGCAAGACGAUGGCUUGCUGAGCCUGGCUCGUCGACUGCAGCAGCUCUCCGAGGUAUGA